AAAAAAUAUGAUAAAGGAAAAAGUAAUUCUUAGAAGUGAAGUUUAUCAUGUUUAUUCAUCUGAACAAUAAGAAAGAAUGAAAGUGUAUUUUGAUUUAUCAGAGAGUAUAAAAUACAUUAUAAUGAAAUUUUAGAAUAUUAAAAAUGUUUGGAACCCUGUUAAAAAUUAGUAGAUGGUGAUAUUUGUAAAAAGAAUUGUGAGAAAAUUUUUGAUGAUUAUAGUAAAUUAUUAUAACAUCGUUAUGAAGGGGAUAAAAAGGACUUAAUUGAUGCAAAAGUAUUUUUAUUUUAAUAAAAUAAGGUUUCUGGAUUACCUUCUUUUGAUAGUUUUAAAAGAAAGGAUAGGGGUUUCUUUUAUAAAGUAUUUGGAUUUAAUUUCAGUGAAUUUUGGGAACCAGAUCAAAGGUAAAUAAAGUAAAUCUGA